CGUGAUCCACAAACCUACUGUCCCCCCCACCCCUCUUCUUCUUCUCUCUUCUCCGUCUUUCUGUUCCUCUUCUUCUUCCCUCCACUUAUAAAUUCACAGCUCUUAUUCUCACCACAAAUACAACACUUCUCAAAUCCCCCACCAUGGAUCCAACUUCAGAUCUCAUCCCUCCGCCCUACACGGCCUUGCCGGACCGCCAUCCCUCGCCGUCACCUACCCGAAAAUCCCUCAACCUCUCUACUGCUACUACCAUUGUUAUCUCUCUUCUUCUUCUCGUCUCUUUACUUGCUUUGAUUUCUUACCACGAUCCAUCUCCUGAUGCUAAUAAAUUGCCGGACAAUACGCAGUCGCCGCCGCCGUUUCGGCUGGCUAGAGGAGUCGCUGAGGGCGUCUCCGCCAAAUCGAAUCCUUAUUUUUCUGAUUCCGUCGAUUCUUCUUUCAAUUGGACUAACGCUAUGUUCUCUUGGCAACGAACUGCUUUCCAUUUCCAACCUGAAGGCAAUUGGAUGAACGAUCCCAAUGGCCCACUGUAUCACAAGGGUUGGUAUCAUCUAUUUUACCAAUACAACCCUGAAUCAGCCGUGUGGGGCAACAUAAGUUGGGGCCACGCCGUUUCAGGAGAUCUCAUCCAUUGGUUAUAUCUCCCUUACGCCAUGGUCCCUGAUCAACCGUACGAUGUCAACGGCGUCUGGACCGGGUCCGCCACAAUUCUUCCUGACGGUCGGAUCAUAAUGCUCUACACAGGCGAUACCAUUGAUGGGGUGCAGGUCCAAAAUCUAGCAUACCCUGCCAACCUAUCCGAUCCCCUCCUCUUGGAUUGGGUCAAGUACUCGGGCAACCCGGUCUUGGUUCCCCCGCCCGGCAUUGGCCCGAAAGACUUUCGAGACCCGACAACCGCGUGGCUCGGCCCCGACGGUAAGUGGCGGAUCACCAUCGGGUCACGGGUUGGGACGACGUUGGGCGUUUCGUUGGUUUAUACUACUGAGGAUUUUAUAAAGUACGAGCUUGUGGACCGGUUCUUGCACGCGGUCCCGGGUACAGGUAUGUGGGAAUGUGUCGAUUUUUAUCCGGUAUCGGUCCAUGGGUCGAAGGGUUUGGACACGUCGGCCAAUGGAGGUGGAGUUAAGCACGUGCUUAAGGCGAGCUUGGACGAUACUAAAAUGGAUCAUUAUGCAAUUGGGACUUAUUUUGGUAAUAAUGAUACUUGGGUUCCUGAUAACCCAGAAGAGGAUGUGGGGAUUGGAUUGAAAUUGGAUUAUGGAAGGUAUUAUGCUUCUAAGACAUUUUAUGACCAAAAUAAAGAGAGGAGAAUCUUGUGGGGUUGGAUUAAUGAAACUGACACCGAAGAUAAUGACUUGGCAAAAGGCUGGGCCUCUGUUCAGACGCUUCCGAGGACAGUGCUAUUCGAUCAGAAGACAGGCAACAACAUAAUCCAAUGGCCUGUGGAAGAAGUGGAGAGCUUGAGAUUGGAGAGUAAUGAAUUUAAUGGCGUGCUCAUUGAACCUGGCUCCGUUGUCGAACUCAAAGUCGGCCCUGCUACACAGUUGGACAUAUUGGCAGAGUUUGAGCUAGAAGCGCUCGGGUCGGAGAAUGCUACCGUCUCUGAGGAAGGCUGUGGCGGCGGUGCAGUGGAGAGAAGUAGUUUAGGACCAUUUGGGCUACUGGUUUUGGCUCAUGAAUCGCUUUCGGAGCUUACUCCUAUUUAUUUCAACGUUGCUAAUUCAAGUAAAGGCAGUCGGGAGGCAUACUUCUGUGCCGACGAGAAAAGGUCAUCAAAGGCUCCUGAUGUUUUCAAACAAGUUUAUGGAAGCAAAAUUCCUGUUUUAGAGGGUGAAAAUUUCUCCAUGAGAGUGUUGGUGGAUCACUCAAUUGUGGAGAGUUUUGGACAAGGUGGAAGAAGAGUGAUAACAUCACGUAUUUAUCCAACAGAAGCAAUUUAUGGAGCAGCCAGGCUUUUCCUUUUCAACAAUGCAACAUCAGCCAAUGUGAAGGCCACUGUGAAAGUAUGGCAGCUCAAUUCUGCCUUCAUUCAACCAUUUUUUUGAAUCCAACUAUAAGCACUGUCAAGUCCCAUCAUUUGAGAUUUCACCUUUGCCCUACCUUUAGCCAUUGCUAGAGUUGCAGCUUUUGGCUAAAUUUGUAUCCAAUUGUUUGUAGUUUUUUAGCCAGUUCUCAAUCCUGUCAAAAUUAGUAGCUUUACUUUCCAAAUUUAUGGUUCCCAUUCAUUUUGUUCCUUCUUGGACAGUUUUGGAAAUCUGGUGCUCAAAAAUUUAUAUUUAAAUUGCAAUCGAUCUCAAUUUCUAUAUUGGUAUGACUUUGUAAA